AUGACUAGACGGCAGCCGCAGUCAAGUUCUGGCGGCUCGGAGGCGAGUUACGUCGUCGACGUCGAAGCCGCGCGCACCGAGGGCUCUGGGUUUACGAGGUCACAACCGCAUCGCGACGUCUCGCACCCGCUCGGUAGCUCGCCCCCGGUCCCAUCGCCCAUCUCACCACAAGUCGACCCGCUGCUCUCCGAGGCUGGCGCCACUCCCUCUGUCGACCACGACCAGGAGUUCAUCUUCGUCAACGGGCAGCUGUUUCCGAAGCCGGCCACGCCGACCGAUGCACCUCCACCAUAUGCGCCGUACCCCGCUGGUCGAGCGAGGGCCCAGACCUUCACGGCCGGCAGUCCACUCGUCGCACUCCCUCCACUUCCCCAGUAUCGACGCGAGUCCGCACCGGGCGGUACGGAGACGACACCACUCCUCGCCUCCGACCCCCUUGAGCGUGCCCGCUAUCGCAGUCCGUUCGAAUACAUCAUCAAGGGCGACGAGCGCGGCUACUGGAGCACGCUGUGUGACGGAGCAGCAUGGAAGUCGCUGUUCCACACGCUAGUCAUCAAUUUCCCAUUUAACCUGGCACUGUGGCCCCUCCUCCUGACUGGCACACUUGUCGGAACCGCGCUCCUCGUGACGCUGCCACUGGGCGCCGUGUUCUGGUUCGCGACUCUGAUUCUUGCGCGAGCGGCAGCAGCAGUCGAGACAAGGCUCCAGGUCUUCUUCCAGGGCGUCGAGGUGCGGACAGUGCAACCAAUUUUCUACCGCCAGCGUGUCCGCGAGGACGGCGAGCUUGUCUGGGACAGACGUUUUCUGUCUUGCAGCUGGGCAAUGUUCACCGACCAGUACUCAUACUCGGCGCUCGUGUAUCUUCUCCUCAUCAAGCCAGUCAUCGUGCUCGUAUCUUUCGUUGCGCUGCUGGUGCUCUUCAUCCUUUCCUUCGUGUUCUUCCCGUUCCUGCCGAUCUUCCUCAGGUUCGCACGCGCGUUCGGCCGAUGGCAGGCGCACAUCGCCCUCGACAACCUGUAA